CUCAUCUUAAAGCCUUGAUGAAGAGUAAAGGGGUCCCGGUGUGUGCCCAGAACCUGCGCUAAAGCCCACCAGAACUCUGUUUUAAUGGUUUCAACUUGACUUCGGGUGGUUCUCUGCUCUCGUCGUGAGCCGGUUCGGGCUCAAGGAGCGGCUUAGUGGAGGUUUCUGCGGGGAGGAGAAGGGAGCCAGACAGGCGACAGUGAGCUCUGUCUUGGCUCCAGGGCACACAGGCAGGAGCAGGAGAGCCAAUGAGAGGCAGAGAUCGCUCCUCUCUGUCCUGCCUGGCUCGGCGCAGCUUGACGCGCCCUGUAAUUAGGAGCUCUUGCUGGGUUGGGCGCCGCCCGCCACGGUGGACAGCCUGGCUGGCUGCUGCGUCAGGGGAAUUUGGCAACGCCAGCUCCGCUCCGAGGACAGCUCAGUUCCAACGCAUCCAAAAUCCAGACCGUGUCUGAAAUGAACGGGCAGGUUUCACCCGCGUUAGAGGAGAAGAAGCCCCCCCUUCCCCUGGCUGGGAGCUCCAUCUUCACCAAAGACUCUCCGACCCUGCCGGAGUCGUCCUCCACCGAUGCGGGUUUCUACAGCGGCCAGAUCGCGCUCCACGGCUCUCAGGACCUUUACGCAACGCAGCAGCCGUACUCGAGCCAGCACUUGAACCCGUACACGUACCACCACUACAGCCUGAACGGAACGGGUCCCGGCGGGCCCUACAAGGCGGAUUGUUCCUACACGCACGCCGCGUACGGGUCGUUCAGCAGAGAGGUGCAGACUGCGCUGCAAGACGGAGUGAAAGAGGAACCGGAGCUGGAGGUUCGUCUGGUCAACGGGAAACCCAAGAAGGUGCGAAAGCCUCGGACCAUCUAUUCGAGCUACCAGCUGGCGGUCCUGCAGCGGCGGUUCCAGUCGGCCCAGUACCUGGCUCUGCCGGAGCGGGCCGAGCUGGCUGCACAGCUGGGCCUGACGCAGACGCAGGUGAAAAUUUGGUUCCAGAACCGGCGCUCCAAGUUCAAGAAGCUCUACAAGAACGGCGAGUUUCCGCUGGGAGAGAUGAAUGCUGAGAACAGCCCUGAGGCCAGCGACUCCAUGGCCUGCAACUCCCCCCCGUCCCCGUCUGUGUGGGACAACAACAAAAACAACAACAACAACAACAUCGACAGCAACAGCCGCGACAUGAAAGGUAAUGAGAUGCUUGACCUGGGCAUCAGAGGACAGGCUUGCUGCCCGCCUCCGAUCCGAUCCUCGCCUGCGUACAUGGACGACUUUUCCCACCAGAACUGGUACCAGCAGCACCCGCAGCAGCAGCAGCAGGGUGUCCACUUAGGUUCGCUACAGCCGGCCCAGAUGCACCACACGCCUCCAGCGUCAGACACACAGAGCAUGAGAACCAUCUACUGAUCCAGGACUCCUCACUCACGUUUGGUACGGAGCUGGACGCCGGACCCGGAGAACACGCUUCCUGUUUCCGACGGGCUUCGGUCACAUCUCACACAACAGAUCAUCUGAAGUUGUGGACGUUCUGUUUCAGUUCUUAGACGAUUUUUAAAUCAAAUAUUUUCUGUCUGACUUUGAAAUAACUUCAAAUUUGUGCCGAUUUGAACUAUUUUUCAUUUGGUUCAGUUUGUUUGACGGUGGAAAUUGAAAAGGUUUAAAUUUAAUCUGUAGUUAAAAGUCUAUUAUGAUUAUUAUCAUUAGGCCCGAGCAGCAAAGCUGCGGAGGCCUGUUGUAUCUGCUCUGUUUAUUUUUCUUCCGCCAUGAAAAUUGGCUUUCUGGAGGCCUUAGCAUUCCCGAAAACUCAGGAAUUUCUGCACACAUGUCAGGCGUAGUGUAACAGUUUGUAUUUAAAGGUCCCAAAAAAAUCACAAUAAAACUAGCUCCACAGCGCCCCCUAGAAUGUGAAAAAUUCCCCCCUCCAUAAACCUUAGUUUGUCGUACAGUUAUGAAAUUUUGUACACUUGUGGUACUCAACAGUUCGCACAGAAAAGCCUCUUGCAACCAUGGUCAACGUCAAACAGGAAAUCGGCCAUUUUGGUUUGAAGUGGUGAUUUUGACCAUGCUUUGGCCGUUUCUAGGGUCCGCUUCUGAUUGAUUUACUCGAUCAAUUUUCGCAUGAUCGUCUCGAAAGUUGUGGGAAAUUGCUCAGAAGGGAUGGGCGAUCAAAUAGAAAAAAAAAUAAAACUGACUUU